GUUAGAAAUUAACUUGAAAGUUGCAGAACUCUACCGAAGCGACUUCUCAGUUCUCACUAACAACCCGUGCCCUGCACGUGACCUUGGUGCUUGGUGCGGCGUGCUAGGGUUCGCAGAACAUUUCGCGUUGGAAACCAAUAGGGAAGUGGUGCGGCCUUCGGCAUUUCCCUCCCGUAAAGCGCUUUGAAAAAACCUCCUUUACAAACCAAAUCCUAGCAGUUUCGUUUAUAUAAUUAGGGUUUAUAACAUCUCCAAACAUGCACGCACCAGUACUCGUUCUCAAGGAUUCCUUGACUCGUGAAUCUGGUAAUAAGGUGCACCAUGCCAAUAUCCAAGCUUCAAAGGCCGUAGCUGACAUAAUUCGCACCACAUUGGGUCCACGAUCUAUGUUGAAGAUGCUACUUGAUGUUGGGGGAGGAGGAAUUGUGAUCACUAAUGAUGGAAAUGCUAUUCUGCGUGACUUAGAUCUUGCUCAUCCAGCUGCUAAGUCGAUGAUUGAACUAAGCCGGACACAAGAUGAAGAAGUAGGUGAUGGAACAACCUCAGUCAUUGUUCUUGCUGGCGAGAUGCUUCAUGUAGCAGAAGCUUUCAUUGACAAGAGUUAUCAUCCUACAGUCAUUUGCCGAGCCUACAAUAAAGCUCUUGAGGAUGCUGUUGCUGUGCUUGACAAGAUUGCGAUGCAUAUUGAUGUGAAUGAUCGUGCCACAAUGCUGGGUCUGGUGAAGAGUUGCAUAGGCACAAAAUUUACUAGUCAAUUUGGGGAUUUAAUUGCUGAUUUAGCACUUGAUGCUACAGCAACAGUUGGUGUGGACCUUGGUCAAGGAUUGCGAGAAGUGGACAUUAAGUACAACAUAAGGGUUGAGAAAGUCCCUGGUGGCCAGUUGGAAGAUUCCAAGGUUCUUAAAGGUGUUAUGAUUAACAAAGAUGUUGUUUCCCCAGGCAAAAUGAGAAGGAAGAUCAUUAACCCUCGCAUUAUUCUUCUUGAUUGCCCCCUUGAAUAUAAGAAAGGAGAGAAUCAAACAAAUGCGGAGUUGGUUAGAGAGGAAGAUUGGGGAGUCCUCCUGAAAAUGGAAGAGGAAUACAUUGAAAAUCUUUGUGUGCAGAUACUAAAAUUCAAACCUGAUUUGGUCAUAACUGAGAAAGGACUAAGUGAUUUGGCAUGCCAUUACUUUAGUAAAGCUGGAGUCAGUGCAAUCAGGCGAUUGAGGAAAGGUGACAACAACAGGAUAGCAAAAGCCUGUGGGGCAGUUGUUGUAAACAGACCAGAUGAACUUCAAGAAUCAGAUGUAGGAACUAGGGCAGGCCUUUUUGAGGUCAAGAAGAUUGGAGAUGAGUUCUUUGCCUUUGUUGUUGAGUGUUCGGAGCCCAAAGCUUGUACUGUUCUUUUAAGGGGUGCCAGCAAGGAUCUUUUAAAUGAAGUGGAAAGAAAUUUGCAGGAUGCGAUGUCUGUAGCAAGAAACAUCAUUAAGAAUCCAAAAAUUGUUCCUGGUGGUGGUGCAACGGAGUUGACUGUAUCUGCUACUCUGAAGCAGAAGAGUUCAUCUGUUGAAGGCAUUGAAAAGUGGCCUUAUGAAGCUGCUGCUGUUGCAUUUGAGGCUAUACCACGAACUCUGGCGCAGAAUUGUGGAGUUAAUGUGAUUAGGACCAUGACAGCUCUGCAGGGAAAGCAUGCAAAUGGUGAGAAUGCAUGGAUUGGAAUAGAUGGAAUUACUGGUGAAAUUGCUGACAUGAAAGAGAGGAAGAUUUGGGAUGCAUAUAAUGUGAAGGUACAAACAUUUAAGACGGCCAUCGAGGCUGCUUGCAUGCUUCUUAGGAUUGAUGAUAUUGUAAGUGGAAUCAAGAAGAAAGAAGCUCCUGGAGCUGGCCAAGCACCAUCGAAGCCUCAAAUUGAGCAAGAAGGAGAUGCUGAUAAUGAGCAAAUGCUCCCCGAGUGAAGAUACCGAAAUGAUCAAAGUACAUCAAGCUUUUGAAUAUUUGAAUCAGGUGACGGAGGCAGUUGUGUCCACAUCUAUUUUUUUCUUAAAAAAAAAAAAAAAUGUUCUAGAGGGUUGCCAAGCAUCAGUUUGGAAUUUUGCUCUUUUUAUUUCCGCAUUAUUCUGUUUCUGUGUUUGGGCUCAAGCUGUUGUAUGUUUAGUUGGAGCCUUCCGUUAAUUUUAAUGUUUGAAGAUCGCUUUUUUAAUCUUACUAGUGAUGUUCAUAAUC